AUGUGGGAUGGGAGGGAAGAGUGGGAAUGUCGAUUCUGCGAUUCUGGGUUUUCCCCUGCCCACACCCAACAUGGCGUCUCCCAACAUGGCUUCCCCUGCCCACACCCAACAUGGCGUCUCCGCGGCUUCUGCCCUUCCCCGCCGCGCAUGCGCAGCGCCAAGGGCACGAUGGCGGCGCUGCGGGCGCUGUGGCGGCUCCGCGGCCCCGCGGGGCUGAGGGCGGUGGGGCCCCGCCUGGGCCCGGCCCCUGCCCGGUCGCGGCAAUGGCAGCCCGACGUGGAGUGGGCGCAGCAAUUCGCCGGCGCCGUCAUGUACCCGAGCAAGGAGACCGAGAAGUGGGUCCCGCCGCCCUGGAACGACAAAGACCCCGUGGCCCACAAGAAGGUCUCCAGCCUGACCAUCAACUUCGGGCCCCAGCACCCGGCGGCUCACGGGGUCCUGCGGCUGGUGAUGGAGCUGAGCGGGGAGACGGUGAAACGCUGCGACCCCCACGUGGGGCUGCUGCACAGGGGCACUGAGAAGCUCAUCGAGUACAAAACGUACCUGCAGGCCCUUCCUUACUUCGACCGCCUGGACUACGUGUCCAUGAUGUGCAACGAGCAGUGCUAUUCCCUGGCCGUGGAGAAGCUGCUCAACAUCCGCCCCCCUCUGCGGGCCCAGUGGAUCCGAGUUCUGUUCGCGGAGAUCACGCGGCUGCUCAACCACAUCAUGGCGGUGACGACGCACGCGCUGGACAUCGGGGCCAUGACCCCCUUCUUCUGGAUGUUUGAGGAGAGGGAGAAGAUGUUUGAGUUCUACGAGCGGGUGUCGGGGGCACGGAUGCACGCGGCCUAUAUCCGCCCCGGGGGGGUGCACCAGGACCUGCCCCUGGGACUCAUGGACGACAUCUACGAGUUCGUGAAGAACUUUUCCAUCCGGAUCGACGAGGUGGAGGAGAUGCUCACCAACAACCGCAUCUGGAAGAACCGCACCGUGGACAUCGGGGUGAUCACGGCCGAGGAGGCCCUGAACUACGGCUUCAGCGGGGUGAUGCUCCGGGGCUCCGGGAUCCACUGGGACCUGAGGAAGACGCAGCCCUACGACGUCUACGACCAGGUGGAGUUCGACGUCCCCAUCGGCUCCCGGGGCGACUGCUACGACAGGUACCUGUGCCGGGUGGAGGAGAUGCGCCAGUCCCUGCGGAUCAUCCUGCAGUGCCUCAACAAGAUGCCGCCCGGCGAGAUCAAGGUGGACGACGCCAAAAUCUCGCCCCCGAAACGGGCGGAGAUGAAGACCUCCAUGGAGUCCCUGAUCCACCACUUCAAGCUCUACACCGAGGGCUACCAGGUGCCACCCGGGGCCACCUACACGGCCAUUGAGGCUCCCAAGGGGGAGUUUGGGGUGUACCUGGUGUCCGAUGGCAGCAGUCGCCCCUAUCGCUGCAAGAUCAAGGCCCCCGGGUUCGCUCACCUGGCCGGGCUGGACCGGAUGUCCCAGGGCCACAUGCUGGCAGACGUGGUGGCCAUCAUCGGCACCCAGGACAUCGUGUUUGGGGAGGUGGAUCGAUGAGGGGGUGUCCCCGUCCCCCUCCUGCUCCGUGUGCUGCUCUGCUUUGGGGGUCCCCCCCUCGGCGCCCCCCCCCCUCCCUGUUUUGGGUCAAAUAAAGGCUAAACUGGG